AUGCACAUAGCUAGCCACAGUGAGUGGAGACAGAGGCAUAGCUUACAGGCUCCCAGUUUGAGGACAGUUGUCCUGAUCCUUGGGGUCUUUACUGUGUCCCAUGCAUUCACUCUUCCUCAGCCUCUUCUUCGAACUCAACAUGAUCUCUCCUGGUCCUGUGCCAUACUACUGCAUAAAUUCACUAAUAUUUAUCUACUUGCAGGGAGUACUCAAAAAACAUCAACCCCAAACUCUGUUACUGGGCAGGAGCAGCAGAUGAACAAGGUGUCUACACUGACCCUGCAGCUUCAGAUGAUGACCCAAGAAAGGAAUGAACUUCGUGGAAUCCUGGCUAAUUAUACCAACAAGGAUUUGAACAACAGGCUAAAUUUUGAGUUGGAGAUGGUGAAUAUGGAGCAUAAGAAAGUGAUGUUGGAUCUACAGAAAUUCCCCAUGGAGAUGAGAGAGGCCUUGUACAAGUGCAAGGAGCUGACUGAGGAAACUGUUUCUUACAGCAUCCUUCACAAGCAGCUCCUGAGUGAGCGAACUCAGUGGAAGAAAAAAGUGAGCAUGUUGAAAGAGGAGAACCAAAAGCUAUGGAGGGAGCAGAUUUCCCUGCAAGAGUCCUGUGAGAAGGUGAAGAAUCACUGUGAAGAGGCCGAUGAGAAGAUCUGUGAGCUAUGUGCCGAGGAGGAGGAGCAUGAUCUGGAGCUGGCCACAGUCCCGGAUGAGAGCCUCCUGCAGACGGACCUGCUGCAGCAGGAGCCCUGUGUGUGCCAGGCCAAUGAGCCACCAUUGACUCCUGUCCCCUGCAACCUUGGCAUUCAUGGAAUGGGUUUUCUUCCUUGA